GCCAGCCCACAUGUGAAGUUCUCAGCCCCUGUGCACCGUUGGGGAAGGGCUCCACUAGGAGCCAAAGAGAUGCUCUCUCGUGGUUGAUGGCUAGCAGUUUACACGGACUCCUGUUUUAUUGCAUUUUUGCUCCCCCUCCCCCCAAAAAACCCUCUCUCCUUUCAUGGAUGGUCUGUUCCACUGGAGCGUGGGUCCCCCUCGCUGCUGUUACCUCUGCUGAAGGACUGGCUGAAGAUUUUUGAAUUCUGUUCAGCUUAAAUUUGGCGUUGAAGCGAAAUCUAGCCAAGGGUGCCUCUUCCGAGUGACUCACUCAGCCAUGGCUGGGAAAGGCUGUUGAAGCUGCAGACUUCUUGGCAAAAACCCUGCCUGCCUGCCUGCCUGCCACCCACCGAAUCCUAGAAGUAAUUCUCAUUUCCGUCUCCCCGUUUCCUUGCCCAGAGGCUCUGUCGAAAAACACAGAAUUAAGAAAGACAUACGUUCAGACUCUGUUUUUUUUUUUAAAAAAAAACAAGCUUCAAAUUUGAACAGAACUGUUCUUUUAAUCGGCUGUUUGUGAGAAGCAGAUGGAGGGCAAUGUGGCACUUUGCUGGAUUUAAAAGAAACAGUUGCCUUGUCUUACAUCCACCUUCCCUCUCCUAAAGAGCCCUUGAAGAACUAAGAAUAUCGGGAUGUGGGGCUGUCAGCUGAGACAGGUGCUCUACAGCUUCCGCCAUCAGCUAAAGAAAAGCUUCAGGAUUCUUCCAGCUUCGACCCAUGGCCAUCACACAGUCCCCGCCUCACCCAACUGUGCCUGGCAGUUAAGAGAUGGCCACCUAGAGCUGAAAUACAGGGACACUCUGAUGCGCUUCGAUUACUUUUGGUUGCGUGACCACUGCCGCUCGCCGUCUUGCUACAACACCAAGACCAACCAACGCAGCCUGGAUACGGCCGGUGUGGAUCUGACGAUCAAGCCCCAGGCGGUACGAAUCGAUGAGACCACCCUCUUCCUCACCUGGCCAGAUGGCCACGUGACCAAAUAUGGUCUGGAAUGGCUGCUGAUGAACAGCUACGAGGGGCAGAAGCAGCAGGUCAUGCAACCUCGGAUUCUGUGGAACGCCGAAAUUUACCAGGAAGCUCAAGUGCCUUCGGUCGACUACCACAGUUUCUUGGAAACCAACGAGGGGCUGAGAGAAUUCCUGCAGAACUUCCUGCUGUACGGCAUUGCAUUCGUGGAAAAUGUUCCCCCAACCAAAGAAGACACGGAGAUCAUAGCAGAGAGGAUUAGUUUGAUCAGAGAAACUAUCUACGGCAGGAUGUGGUAUUUCACCUCGGACUUCUCCCGCGGAGACACCGCUUACACCAAACUGGCUUUGGACCGUCAUACAGAUACCACUUACUUUCAGGAACCUUGUGGCAUCCAGGUAUUCCAUUGCCUCCGGCAUGAAGGCACGGGGGGCCGGACGCUUCUGGUGGAUGGUUUCUAUGCCGCAGAACAAGUGCUACAGCGAGCCCCAGAGGACUUCAACCUUCUCACAAAGGUGCCACUGAAGCACGAAUACAUCGAGAACAUGGGAAGCUGCCGCAACCACAUGAUUGGGGUUGGGCCUGUCUUGAAUAUCUACCCUUGGAACAAGGAGCUCUACCUGAUCAGGUACAAUAAUUACGACCGAGCUGUCAUUAACACAGUCCCUCAUGACACUGUGCACCGUUGGUAUAUUGCACAUCGUACACUCACCACUGAGCUGCGGAGGCCCGAGAAUGAGCUCUGGGUCAAACUGAAACCAGGCAAAGCCCUCUUCGUAGACAAUUGGCGAGUCCUGCACGGCCGAGAAUCUUUCACGGGAUAUCGCCAGCUCUGCGGUUGCUACCUCACGAGAGAUGAUGUGCUAAACGCAGCCCGUUUCCUUGGCCUUCAAGCCUAGGGUGGCUUGGACCUCUGAUGGUUGGGAGCUGCUGAUUCAGGAAUGGAGAGAACAAAGUGUAUACCUCACAGACCUGGCCUCCUGUCCCAAGAGAGAGGAGAGGUCCUCUCAGCAUUACUUGAGGUCCAUCAAAUAUUGUCUAUUGCCUUUUCUUCAUUCUCCCCAUUCUAAGCUCCCUGAUUGGUUCUUCUUUGGUUUCCAAAGCCAGCCCAUUGGCUCAACUCAGGACAGAUGGACUUGGCAGCCAUGUAAGAAACCUGUUCUGACCUCCAAGGUGCUACCUCUUGUGCCUUUUGCUAUUGAAAGCAGCCCUGUCCUCUUGAGGAGACCUCCCGUGUACAAAAUCAUCAAGGUUCUUUUACCGGACGUCCAUUCUUGAAACCUAGUAGAGUCUCAAGGAAAGUUGAGCUAGUUCAUUGGCAAGACAUGCUUGUUGGCAUCCCAGCCUUUGAGAUCUCCAGAGUAGACUGCUACCCAAUGUUUAUAAGUUCUGCUUCUCCGUGUCUCUUCUCUUUCCUGCCUGCUGGUGAUAUUAAGCUUGCCAUGUGAUGGGAGAAUUGCUUUAGAAAGCCUUAGAGCAGGAAGAAGGAAGAAAAAACACAGAUCUGGGGAGGGAAGACAAUAUUAAGUCCUGAUUUCCCAGCACUGUAAAAAAAAAAAAUAAUAACAAUAUAACUAUA